UCCGACGAACGAUGGUUAAUUCCAGAAGUAACAGUAAAAUUUUUAAUUCUAGAGUUCCGUAAAGCUAAUGCUUACAAGACAGCACUAUGUCAAGCUUUCAAAGCGAGUGGUUUUUGCAGUUAUGGGUCUGCCUGUCGUUUUGCACAUGGCGAACGAGAGCUCAGGCUUCCCCCUCAAGUAAUGAAUAGGUCGUUUAUCUUUACGCUUUCAAUCCAACAGAAGACUCAUCCUAAAUACAAAACCCAACUCUGCAACAAAUUUGCCUUGUUUGGGCGGUGUCCGUAUGGACCUCGAUGUCAGUUCAUUCAUCAACGACCAAAUAAUCUAUGCUUUCGCCAGUUGACUUUACAUCUUCUUGUUCUAGCUGUUCUCAUUGCUGAUUUUUGCGUGACUAUUCAGGCGGAGGAUCCGAAAAUGGGUGGGAAAGAAGAAGAAAUUCCAAGCGACAUUGGCUUUGAUGUCGGUGAACCCCCAUUUCCUCACCACAUCGACGCUUGGUGUGUUUUUUUAUAUAUUUUUUUAAAAAUUUACUAG